GCGGGCCGGCGAGGCGUGCGGCCGCCAUGUCGCCGCGGAACGGGCGGCGCACCGGGGCGCACCGGGCGCACUCGCUCGCCCGGCAGCUGAAAACGAAGCGGCGCCGGAGAGACCUGGACGAGAUCCACGCGGACCUGAAGCCCGAGAACGCCGCGCGGCUGCUGCGGCAGGAGAUCGACCCCGACCUGCCGGGCUGCGCCCAGUUCUACUGCCUGCACUGCGCGCGCUACUUCGUGGACCUGAACAGCAUGAAGGAGCACUUCAGAUCCAAGGUGCACAAGAAGAGGCUGAAGCAGCUGCGCGAGGCUCCCUACACGCAGGAGGAGGCUGAACGAGCCGCUGGGAUGGGCUCCUACGUCCCCCCGAAGAAGGUGGAGGUGCAGACCCAGCCCCUCGAGGAGGUCACCGAGAUGGAGACGUCCGGCUGAGCGCGGGGACGGGGGACUGAGUGGCUGAGUGGCUCUGUAAGGACAUCUUUGUCCUCAGCUUUGUGAGAAAAACGUGUCCCAGCACUGCCAGCCAAAUCUGCCCUGCUCCUCCCACUGCCCCCCUGGCCAGGGCACUGACGAGGAGAAGCCUGGUGCUGUCCCUGAGUGUCCUUCUCCUCCACAAAGGGACUCUUUGCUUGUUCUCCGAGUGCUGGUGGGACUGCACGCUUGUCUGCCUGCUUUUGGAGCAGUUUCUGCUCAGUCCUUGGGUCAGAGGUCAUUCCAGUGAUGCACCCAUUAAAAUAUGUCAACUGACA